AUGGCAACUCAAAUCGACUUUGUCACCCUCGACGUCUUCACCACAGAGAUUUUCGAGGGCAACCCACUAGGCGUGGUCUUCCUACCCCCGCCAACAUCCCCGCAGCUGACGCAGCGCCAAAAGCAAACCAUCGCGCGCGAGUUCAACCUGUCCGAGACAAUCUUCGUGCACGACAAAGCCAGCAGCCCCAGUGGCUCCCGCGCCAUUGACAUUUUCACGGAGAGCGUCGAGCUCCCUUUUGCAGGCCACCCGACCAUUGGCGCUGCGUCAUGGUUCCUCUGCCAUGCCGCUGAGGAGGACAGCAAUGGCAAUGCUGUAGUGCAAAACCUCCUCAUGAAGGCGGGCAAAGUCCCGAUCUCUCUUCAGGAUCCGCAAGCGGGGACUGUAACAGCGCAUGUCGCGCAUAACGUGCAUAUCCAUGAGACCCAGUAUCCACUGAGCGAGGUCUCGCGGCUGUACCCGUCUCUCCAAGCGCACCUGAAGCCGGAAAAGAUUGCGCUGUUCUCGGUUGUCAAGGGUAUGAGCCAGCUUUUGAUCGAGCUGCCUUCGCUUGAGGUUCUGGGUGCUGUGACGACGGCGUAUGGUGGGCAGGAGGCGAGUGCAUCGUACUUGGACGAGGGGUGGGCCGAGGGCAUGGUUUGCACGUAUUUCUUUGUGAGGGGCGUGCAGGACGAGAAGCUGGGCAGGAAGGUCAUUCGGACGAGAACAAUUCUGGGAAAUCUGGAGGACCCUGCGACGGGAAGUGCAGCGAGUGGGUUGGCAGCGUACCUGUCGUUGACGGAGGGAAGGGCUGGCGAGUUCAAGUAUGAUGUCGUGCAGGGAGUCGAGAUGGGAAGACGCAGUGAGAUUGGAGUCGAGGUUGUUGUUAAAGAGGGGGCCAAGAUCGAGAAUCUGGUCCUGAAAGGGAGUGCAGUAAAGGUGUCUGAGGGAAAAAUUGUGGUUCCUCAAGCCUGA